AUGGAUCUCUCCGAUGCCCCCUCGUCAAAUUCCAUGGACGCCUCCAUCACCGGACUGCGUGUGAAGCAGCACCGGGAACUAGAAAGCUUAACACUUACAGCGCAGCCAUUAAAGACAUUAAAGUAUUUCAUGUUGGGUUUUGGCCAAUGCCUUCGACAAUUUAUGGCAAAAGGUGGUUGGCUUGUGCUUCUAAUUAUGUUAGCAGGAGGUAUAGGAAUGCUUACCAUAACUUUUGGUGGACCUCAAGAAGAGCAUAUUCAGGAGCUUGUUCGUUAUCUUCAAUUCGGACUCUGGUGGCUGGCUCUUGGUGUAGCAUCAUCAAUUGGUCUUGGAUCUGGUUUGCACACAUUUGUGCUGUAUUUGGGGCCUCAUAUAGCUCUGUUUACUAUGAAGUCCGUGCAGUGUGGCAGAGUUGACAUAAAAAGUGCCCCAUAUGACACCAUUCAAUUGAAAAGUAGUCCUUCAUGGCUGGACAGAGACUGCUCUGAAUUUGGGGACCCCAUAUUUUUAUCGCAGCACAGUUCAAGGGUUCCACUUAGCAGGAUAUUGCCUCAGGUUCAGUUAGAGGCUAUCCUAUGGGGAAUCGGAACUGCACUGGGAGAGCUUCCUCCUUAUUUCAUAUCAAGAGCUGCUCGUAUAUCUGGCGAAAAAUUGGAAGUCAUGAAAGACUUGGAUUCUUCUUCAACUGAAGAUAGUGGAAUUGUAGCUAAUCGUCUGAACCGGAUCAAAUUAUGGCUUCUCUCUCAUACACAAUAUCUGAACUUUUUAACUAUAUUAGUUCUUGCUUCGGUGCCCAACCCUCUAUUUGACCUUGCCGGUAUAAUGUGUGGACAAUUUGGCAUUCCAUUUUGGACGUUCUUCCUAUCAACAUUGAUUGGAAAGGCAUUUAUCAAGACUCACAUACAGACAGUUUUCAUCAUCUCAGUUUGCAACAAUCAACUUCUGGACUUGGUAGAAAAUAAAUUGAUUUGGGCGUUCAGCUUUGUCCCUGGAUUUGGUUUGGUUGUGCCCGACCUCAUCGCCAAAUUACAUACUGUGAAAGACAAGUAUAUGCAUGCCUCUCCUGCAGUGCCCUCAAACAGCAAGGAGAAAAAGUGGGACUUAUCAUUUAGUUCGAUUUGGAACACUGUUGUGUGGCUCAUGCUCAUGAACUUUUUCAUCAAGAUUGUCACAGCAACUGCGCAAAGCGUUCUCAAGGAAGAACAUGAAAAGGAGUUGACUGCAUUGUCGAACAAGCCGCAUACAUCAGAACAAAAAAAUAAUGGGUGUUGCAGCCAAGCUUCCGAUUGA